GUCAGCACAGCAAAGAGAAUCAAGGAUUGCAGAUCACUCGAUUAACUCCUCACUCACUGUUUAUUGAGAGUGAGAGAGAGAGAGAGAGAGAGAGAGAGAGAGAGAGAGCGAGAGAGAGAGAUGAAGGCCUUGGGAGGCUCGUAUUUCAAGCUCUCCGUGAACAAGCAGAGAGUGGCACUAAGCAAACAUGAAUUUGGUUUUCAUGUACAUCAAAAGCGUGUCGUUGAUGGGGUUAUCUUGUUCAGGGCAAACUGUGAUGCCUCCAUCUCUUCAGCCUCUUCUUCUCAGAUAAAUAUGGGAAGUGAUUCAAGUGAAGCCAUCCAGACAGUAAGCUCUGACCAGCCUAAGACGGUUCGUGUGAGGUUCAAACUGCACAAGCAAUGUGCGUUCGGGCAGCAAUUUCUCAUAGUUGGGGAUGAUCCGAAUCUCGGACUAUGGGACCCUUCUGAAGGGGUGCCCUUGAACUGGUCUGAAGGGCAUGUGUGGACUACACAAGUGGAUGUACCUUGUGGAAAAGUGAUCAGUUAUAAGUUUGUGCUUGAGGAUAUGGCUGGAGCUGUGAUGUGGCAGCCUGGUCCGGAUAGACUUCUUGAAACAUGGGAUACUGGCAAGACGAUAUCUGUGUCUGAGGAUUGGGACAGCCCCGAUUCCCAGAUUGUGGUUGAAGAGGAACCUGUGGUUGUGGAUGAUUUAAAUCAGUCUUCCUUGAUUGAUGAGAAAGCAGAGGAGGAGGGAGUCAAUGGUUAUGUUCCGAGUUUGUUUAUUUCUGACGAUUUCAGCCAAGGAGUUGUGGGAGAAGAAGGGGAUGAUGUGAUGAGGGAAGAACUUGAUGGCGAUGAGCAUAUGAGUGAUCAUUCGGAUGAGCCUGUCAUGCUCUUGGUUGCUGAAAAUAUCACCGAGGGAAAAAAUUCAAGUGCGAGUGAUGGCCUAAUGAGUGUAGCUGGUAAGGAAGAGGAGGAGACAACGGCGUUGGGGGAUCAUGGUAAUGUGGCGAUGAGUGGAAGUGAUUCGUCCAGUUUGAAAAAUGAGACGAGGGUAGUCAUAGAUGACGAGGUUCCUGUCCUAAUACCGGGCUUAGCUACAUUGCCAGAAGCACAAGAGGCAGAGGCAGAGGCAGAGGCAGAGGCAGAGAUGGAGGCGAGCAGCACUGAUAGAAGCACAACAAAUCUGUCUGAUGAAAUUGAGGAUUCAACUGAUUCUAACAAAAAAAAAAAGCAAAACUUUUGAAGAUGCUGCUACUGAAUCUGAUGGAAUUGAGGAUUUAGCUGAGCUAAACCCGGGAAAAGACAGCGUUGUUGAGGACACUGAGGCUUCUGCUUCUGCAGCCAGAGGUAAUAACUAGACAAUACUAAAUCUGCAGAAAUGAGCACUUAGAACUUUGUGGCGUCGUCUCAUUAUUUUCUACACAGAUACGCGCCUCAACAGAGAAAAGGAGAUAUUGGACAACGAUGUGCAAUGGGGAAGAAGAGCUCUUCAUAAAUUUCUUGCUAAUCUUGGAUUCACGCAGCAUAGUUAAGGCUGUGUAGCUAGCUCACUUGUGUUGUAUUGUAUUGUAUUAUGAAUAAACUUCAAAAAAAGAGUUACCACUUCUGUCUUUGUUUUA